AUGGCGUCUGUAAAUGAUGUUGGACUUGCAUCUACGAACGAUGGUGAACUUGCAUCUACGAACGAUGGUGGGCUUGCAUCUACGAACGAUGGUGGGCUUGCAUCUACAAGUGAUGGUGGGCUUGCAUCUAUAAGCGAUGGUGGGCUUGUAUCAAGUCAAACCGAUAUUAAACAUCUCGAAGACGAAUUUCGACAAUAUCGGGACGAAUCACAAAAAAAAAUUGAAAAGUUAAUAAAAGACUUGAAGAAACUUCGGGAACAACAACAAUUUGCCACGCCUAGUACUUUUGAUAGGCUCGGUUGUAAAGGUCGUCGUUGCUUCAAGUGCGGUGAAUGCCGUGAUUGGUAUUUUACUGGGGAUGCACGAAGUUGGAAAUGGAUCGGCAAUUACGAAAAUUGGGCAGAAGGAGAAGGCAACUUCUGGGGCGGUGAUUCUCUUUAUGAAUGCUUCAAGCGACGUGAUGGUGCAACGUGUCGUGGUGAUGUUCCUCGUCAUCUUCCACGAGAUCUUCCGGGCCGUCGUCGUUAUGAUGGUCAUCGUCCUCAUGAUAGGCAUGAUGUUCCUCCUGAUCUUUCUGGUGAUGAUCGUAUUGGUCGUCGUCUUGCUCGUGUUGAUGAUCGUAUUGAUCGUCUCGAUCGUUAUCUUCAUAGUCAUGAUCGUCUUGAUCGUCAUCUUCCUCGUGAUCUUUCCGGUGAUGACCGUCUUGACCGUCUUGAUGAUCGUAUUGAUCGUCGUCUUGAUCGCCUUGAUGAUCGUAUUGAUCGUCGUCUUGAUCUUCUUGAUGAUCGUCUUGGUCAUUUUUCUGGUAUUGGUUUUAUUUGUCUAUGCGAAGAUAACAUUGGUGUCUGA